UGUAAGUCAGUGUCUGCCGACAAUUUCCGAUAUUACACGAGUUUUGACAAUCCCAAGCCUGAAAAAUUACAGGUUUCCAUUUGUACAUAUUAUUGGCAAUCAGCAUUGCUGAAAUAUAUCACCAUUUGUGUAAAUAAAAAGUGAAUAAAGUGAAAUGAAGUACAUUGCGAUAGAAGAGAGCUGCCGCGCGUGUCAAAUAAAUACUCAGGAAGAGUCCGAAAAGAUAUUCAUCUUUACCACUGCAAAGCUUCCGGACGUCUUCAAGGAAACCACAUCCCUGGACAUUCAUGAGAACGAUGGACUACCCAAAGUUCUAUGCUGUUCCUGCUAUGAUCGUCUCCUGGACGCUUACAACUUCAGGAAAAUGUGUUCCUCUGCAGCUCUGCACUUCCAGAAGAUCCUAUCAAUGGAUGUUCCGGAAGAGAAAUACACCUCACCUGAAACGACUGAUGUUCAUUUGACGGACAACAUACAGAUAAAGACAGAGCCAGAUUCAGAUGCUCCGAAUUCUCCUCUAAGGAACGAUCAAAACUGCCCUCCGGACAGUGACGAUACUGCCACUGACAUUUCUGAUAUGUUAUCUAUCGAAGAAAAACCCUUGGAUGUAAUCAAGACAGAUCCUAAUGACUCUGAUUCCUUGACUUUUCAAAAACAGGAAGAGAAUUCUUCUCGAAUGAAGACAAGGAAGCAACCUAUUGUUCCGGAAAAGCAUGUCAAGUUUGAGUGCGGUAUCUGCAAUUCUAGUUUUCACCAGAAAUGUCGCCUGGAGAUGCACAUUUGGACAAAGCAUCUGGGAUUGAAGCCCUUUAAAUGCGAAAUCUGUGGAAAGGAAUUCAAGUCAUCUUCAUCUCUAAGCAAUCACCUUAAAACCCAUAAAGGUUCAGAAGAUCACAGUGAUAUUACCCAGCAUGUAUGUGUAAUUUGUGGGCUUAAACAUGAAACAGAGGAUGAGCUGAAGGAUCACAUUUAUACCCAUAAAAAAGAUAAGAAGUGGAUAUGUGUAUUUUGCCCUUUCAAAACACUUAAACGGUAUAGUUUGCAGCAUCACGUUAAGGUAGUCCAUAAGGGAAUAAAGGAUUUCCAUUGUUCCCGGUGUGAGAGAUCCUUCACCACGGCAGCGAGUCUGAGGAAUCACAUGAUGCGUCAUGAACUUAUUAAAAAUCAUGAAUGCUCAAUUUGUGGGAUCAAAACCGUAACGGGAAGUGAAUUGAAUAGCCACAUGACUAUUCACGUGAAAACGAAAUUGUUAUCCUGUGAACUAUGUCCUUUGAAAUUCAGUCGACGUGGGAAUUUGAAGCAGCACAUAAAUACAGUUCAUCAAGGAAUAAAGAAUCACCACUGCACCAUAUGCAGUAAAUCUUUUGGGACUACCAGGAGUUUGAAAAAUCACUUAAUGCUUCAUACUGGAGAAAGGCCUUUUGCCUGCACCAAGUGUCCUAAAGGAUUUAUCAGAAUGGAACAGUUGACGGUUCAUAUGAAGAUUCACACGGGGCAAGACAUGUUCUUUUGUGAAUUUUGUCCAUUCAAGACUUUCCAUCAAAUUCAAAUAAAGCGGCACACAAAGGCAGUUCAUGAGGGAGUCAAGGACCAUCACUGUCCACAUUGUAAGAGAUCCUUUGCAGCUGCCACAGCUUUGAAAAAUCACCUAUUGACCCAUACUGGAGAGAAGCCACAUAAUUGCAGUGAAUGUGGAAUGAGAUUCGCACAGCGCUCCAAUUUGAUGAGACAUUUAAAGACUCAUCUAAAAUCCAAGUCUACAGCCAGAGCUGAAGAUACGCCCACAAUAAAGUUAGAAGAAAAUCAUGGAUCAACUUCGGGACCAAGUCGAAAUCCGAAUACAGUGCCCGCUCUCUAAUCCGGAUCGGCGUAAUCCGGACGAGUUAUCGACGGUUACAUUUAAAAUAAUUUUGUGGUCAUGUAUACAUGUGUGUUCAGCAAUGAAAAUGAAUUAUCCUGUGAUGUUUUUGUUUAAUAAAUGAAGUAUAAUAGCAUAGAAUUCUCUAA